AUGCCUUCUAAUUGCACUGCUGCCGACGCAGCGUUUGGUCCCUUAACGGACCCUGCCUGCCGCAGCCAAGACUUUACGCUGCAUUUCGAGCAGGCCAUCUUUGCCUUGGUCCCAGCCGCCAUCUUCGCCGUUGCCUUCCCGGCCCGUAUAUCAUUCCUUGCUAGAGCAUCAACGGCCGCUCGACCAAGCUGGCGGCGCACUGUCAAGUUGACGAUUGCCGCCACGAUUGCGUGCCUCGAGCUCGCCCUCGUCAUCUCAUGGAGCUUGGACAAGAAUACCAAGACCCCUGUGUCAAUUGCGGCAGCGACAGUCAAUUUUCUCGUGGCCCUGCAGACGAUUGCUCUCUCCUGGAUCGAAGAUGCCCGCUCCGUGCGGCCCUCCACGCUGCUCAGCCUCUACCUAGUCAUCACAGUCUUGCUUGACCUACCUCAGGCGCGAACACUCUGGCUACGAGGGGGUAUUGAUACUACUGCCGGAAUGACAACUGCAGCGGUGGUGCUUAAAACUUUGUUUCUCUGCGUGGAGAAUAUCGGCAAACGGGCCCAUCUCCUUUCUGUAUACCGCACAUUGCCCCCCGAGGCGACAAGCGGCAUCGUGAAUCGGAGCGUCUUAUGGUGGAUCAACGACACUUUUCGUCGCGGCUUUCGAACAGCCCUCGCCGUAGAAGACCUGGAUCGAUUGGAUGACGCCUUGUUGUCGGGUGGCUUGAACAACGCAGUGACCCUCGCCUGGGCAUCUCGAAGACAGCCAGAGCGUCGGCUCGAGUUCCCCAUUGCCGUGGCUCGCGCAGUUCUGUACGACUUUCUUGCCAUUAUUCCUCCUCGUCUUUGCCUCAUCGGUUUCAUUUUUGCGCAGCCAUACCUCUUCCACACGGUUCUUAGCCUGUUGACCAACACUGCCAUAACGCUAACCGCAACAGACUGCUACGGUCUCGUCGGAGCUACGGCCAUUGUGUAUGUUGGCCUGACUGUUCUGCGCCUGCAUUAUAACCAAAAAGUCGGCCGCUUCAAGGUCAUGUUUCGUGGCGCCUCCGUCUGUCUCAUCUACGACAAGGCCCUACAGACUCGGGAUGGCGUCUACGACGAAUCUGCCGCGGUCACGCUGAUGAGCACGGACGUGGAUCAAAUCACCGAGUGUUUGACAGAGCUCAAUGAGUACUGGGCACGAGCCAUAGAAGUGACUCUGGGAGUGUCCAUGCUCGCGAAACAGCUCGGCUGGGUUUGCGUCGUGCCCCUCGCCCUUGUUGUCGGGGCAUUUUUUGCAGCCAAGCAAAUAGCAUCUAGAAUUGGCGGUAGUCAAAAGGUUUGGGUUGAUGCAGUGCAGAGGCGCAUUGCGCUCACCAGUUCCAUGCUCCUCAACAUUCGCUCGAUCCGGAUGGCAGGCCUCGGCAAAAUAACUAUGGAUCGCAUCCAGCAGGAAAGAAUCCUCGAGACGGAGAAAAUGUCCAAGUUUCGUUGGUACAUUGUUUGGCAGAAUACGGUGCAGAAUGUCCCCUGGGGACUUGCACCUGCCGCCACUUUUGCUGUUGUCGCCCUCAGCAAACCCGGAUCUCUCGAUACCGCCAAAAUCUUUACCAGUUUGUCAAUCAUUACUCUUUUGACGGAUCCUGCAGCAAAGCUGUUGAGCGCCAUUCCUGCGACAGCAUCAAGUCUCGGCUGCAUCGACAGAAUCCAGGGAUUCCUCCUGUCCAAGCCAAGAGAGGAUUCUAGACGACUUCUUGGGGCACAGGAUGUCUCUCACGACCUCAAUUCAGUUCAUAGCGAAGCACGGGGUGAUGCUUCUGGUAUUGAACUACAGCCACGACUGGCUAACAGCGUGAAAGGCAGUACAGAAAUACUCGCUGUACAAUUCAAGGACGUCUUUGCGCGACCCGCUGGGGCAGACAAGACCGUGCUGCAGGAUGUUAGUUUUUCGGUUGUGUCUGGCUCGAUAGCCGCCGUUGUUGGUAGUGUCGCUUCGGGUAAGUCCACGCUGUUAAGGUCUAUCCUUGGCGAAGCAGAGCUGGAGCGAGGAACUGUCUCGGUGCGGGAUCAAUCCGUUGCGUAUUGCUCACAGUCGCCGUGGCUACCUGACACAACCAUCAAAAAAUCAAUCUGUGGGCCUUUUAGAGACGCUGGAAUUGACACGGAGCUGUAUGACGAGGUUAUAGACGCAUGCGCCCUCAAGCAUGACAUUGCACUUCUCUCGGACGGCGACAACACCAAGAUAGGCAGCGGUGGCGGAAUCCUCAGUGGUGGGCAAAGGCAACGAGUAUCCCUAGCCCGAGCACUAUACUCACGCCCAAAGAUUCUCGUGCUAGAUGACUUUGUCAGCGCCAUCGAUGGCAAGACUCGCAGGCAUAUUGUGCAAAAGCUCUUUGGUCCGGCUGGCUGGUUCAAGCAACGCGGCUGCACCGUCAUCUUUGCCACACACGCCAGGUCGCUUCUCCAACAUACUGACAAUAUUUUGAUGCUCUCCAAAGGGCGACUGGAGCGUGAUGGGACAUAUGAUCAGCUUGUUCGUGCAGGCGCAAUCCAAGGCCUGCCUGAGGCAGCGGAUGACGAGCCAACAGACGGGCAGCCCGAGGAAGCCAAGAUCUCUGCCGUAUCGGAGACUGUGGCUGAAGCAAACGAGAGGGCGGAUUUGCGUCGCCGGGUUGGUGACUUGGAGGUGUACCAAUAUUACUUCAAGUCCAUUAGUUGGCUCAAGUCGUCCACGUUUGUUGGCUUCACUGCUGUCCACGUUUUUGCAGCAACAUUUACUUAUCUCUGGUUAAACUGGUGGAUCAGUGGGCACGGCACCCGGACAACGCUUUUUGCCGUCAUCUACCUCCUGCUUGGGAUUCUCAACGUUCUCGGUAUUGCCGGUUAUGCUUGCGCACCUCAGCCAUACUUUACUACUACGUCAGCGGGCGAUACACUGAAUCGUUUCAGUCAGGACAUGUCUCUUGUUGAAACGCAGCUAGCUACCGGCACGUUGGUAACAGUCACAAACCUACUGGGCGCUGCGGCAGAGGCUGCUUUGAUCGCAAUGGGGUCUCCGUACAUGGCAGCUACCGUUCCGUUCCUCAUAGCUGCCGUGUACGCGCUGCAAAAGGUGUAUCUUCGGACGUCACAACAGCUUCGACUUUUGGAGCUGGAGACUCGCGGGCCACCGUAUGCCAACUUUCUCGAGACACUUGAUGGUGUGUCGACAAUUCGCGCCUUUGGAUGGGAGCUGAACUGCAAACAAUACUGCCAAGCAUUUCUUGACCGAUCGCAGCGCCCGACAUAUCUGUUGAUAUGCAUACAGACAUGGCUUAACAUGGUGCUUGAUCUUAUUGUCGCUGCCGAGGCUGCGAUAGUGGUGCUGCUGGGGCUGUUGUUGAAGUCGUCCACCAACCCCGCCCUCCUCGGCGUAUCCCUGAACAAUAUUCUUUCGUUCAAUGCAAGCCUGGCGUCCGUCAUUGGGGGCUGGACCCUGUUCGAGACGUCGCUGGGUGCGAUUUCCCGGCUUCGGUCCUUUGAACAAAACAUAAAGCCGGAAGACCUUCCGGGAGAAGUAUGCGAGCCACCGGCUUCAUGGCCGGUCGAGGGGAGGAUAGAGAUGCGCGGCGUGGACGCGUCACACAGCGGCAAGAGCUCGCUCGUGGCCACGUUUGCACGGCUUCUCGAGAUUGAUAAUGGGGUCAUUAAAAUUGACGGAUAUGACCUGGCCACCAUCCCGCGAGAUAUUAUUAGAGAACGGCUUGUGGCGGUGCCGCAAGACGCACCCGUCUUGAUUGGCACCUUGCGAUUCAACACGGACCCCGCCGGCCUGCACGUCGACGCGGCCAUUGAAGCCGUGCUGCGCCAGGUAGGCCUCUGGGACGUGUUUGAGAGCGGUGACGGACUCGACACGGAGAUGACGAUGGCAUCGCUGUCACACGGGCAGCGGCAACUACUGUCAAUUGCGCGAGCGAUGCUCAAGGGUGGACGAGUGGUGCUCCUCGACGAGCCGACGAGCAGCAUCGACGAGGUGACGGACGGCAAGGUACAGCAGGUGUUACGCGAAGCCUUUCAAGGAUGCACAGUGAUUACAGUAGCCCAUCGCAUCAACACAAUCCAUCCCGGGUCCGACGUGGUGGUGGUCAUGGAGGGCGGGCAGGUGGUGGAGGCGGGUGCGCCCGACGAGCUGCUGCGGAGGCGGAACGGGCACUUUGCACAAUUCGUGCGCGACGCAAACCGUUAG